AUGAAGGGAUCACCCUCCUCUCUUUCAAGGACGUUUAUUUCCCAAUCUCGUCGAAUCCUGUGGCACCGGCAGCAACACUGCCUUCGUUCGGAAGUCGCUGAGUCUGCCCAGCUGCUGACUGGCUUGGUCCUUCAUGUCAUCGACAUGCGACUUAGGGUGCUGACGUUAGUGCGUUCGCGUAUCAUGAGGCCUGGAUAA